AUGCGAGCCUUCCUUGUCAAGUCUGCGGGCCUUGCGCUCUAUCUUCACGACCUACAAUCAGGAAAGCUUACAUUGGUCCAUGAGCGACCAAACAAAGAGCCGAAGGUACAUGUUUUAGACGACGAAGAUUUCGAUGACGGCGCAGAUGAUGUCGAUUUCGGGUUUGUUCAAAAGCCGGGAUUCGGUCUUGAAGCCAGCGCAGUAGGGCUGAGUCUACGCUUGAUCAAGAACGACGGAGUGCUGAAGACGACUUAUCAAGGUAGGAGCGGUGGAGUCGUGGACUGGACAUUCAGAGGCUUAGACGAUGGAAGGAUGGUGGCAUCUGCCUCUACGCAGACAGAACCCGAAAUCCCAUCAGACCAUGGAGGCAUGGAGAUCCUGCUACCGAAACUGUCCAUCAGUAUGUUUCAGACGACGAUAACUAAUCCCACACCGGAACGUAUGGAGACUCCGCUACCAAGACUAUUCAUCAGUCCGAUUCAGACAAUCACAACCACUCCCACGCCGGAACGCAUUGUUCAGCCUCCACUUUCAGGACUCAGCAUCAUCUCGACUAUGGAGACUCGCCCCAUUAGAGUCCCUGUCAAUCGCCGAAAAGAAGUUCCAGCAUCCCACGCAACCAAGAUAAAAAAGAGCGACUCCAAGCACCGCCUGAUCCAAGUUUCACCCCAGCCUAUCAGUCGCAAGCUCGCAAGAGACUCUACAUCUUGGCCAAAUCACCUGUUCAUGGCGUGUUGUCGCACACAACCCAUUCACAACGGCGAGGUCGGAGUACUACACAUCGAUCUUACCGAAGGCACAGUAUGGUUUGAAGGUUGGUCUGGCAGGGCGCAUAUCAACCAACGAACUUACAUAAGGAAGGAAGUCGAUCUUCGAAAUGCCUCAAAUUGCUCGGCGCCCGGAUAUCAGACAUGGGGCUCAGACACAUACCAGAGCCUGGACCCCAUCCCGCACUACAGUUCAUUGACAUGGGAUAGAUCCAGGGGAGCAGACAGCUCAAUAACCAUUCCGGACCUACCAGCUGAGACGACCAUGCGCUUUUCGUCGCCUCACGUCAUCAUCCGUGCACUCCGCGACUGCAUCAAUCGCGCAUCUCCGUGCCCAGAAGUCAGGAAGCCGAUUGCCGAGCCUGAUCUACUCGAAGUUAUCGAGCAGGGAUUCCGAUAUCAGAGCGUGGGGUCUCUGAACACAGCAGGUAUGGUGGAGUGGAUAGCUGCCAUUCAAGAGAUGAAGAAGAGGGAGGCGUUGAAGAAGAAAGCAAAGCUGGCGAAGGAAGAGAGCGGAAAUAUGUCUCUCAAGAGAGGACUGGGUGUCGUAGAAGAGGAGAGGGAAGACAAGAAAGUCAAGGUUGAGAGUGGCGUAGCAGAUCAGGUCAAGCUGGACAGUACGUGGCCGGAAGAGAUCUGA